AUUUCAUCAAUCUUUUAAUCAUGGGUUUUCUUCCAAAAUUCAAAAUUAUGUUUAUUUUCACACUUUCUUUUCAUGAUUUGCAGGACUGACUUUGGUGAAAUGAUUCGAACUGAAACUUUAGUUCCUGCCAUAACCAAAUUCAGAACCAUGUUUCCAUAUGGAGGAAGAAUGGUUGGAACAAUGACACCUAAGAAGCUAGCAAAUGAUGAUGCUGGAGAAGCCCGGAUAAAUGCGGAGGAGAACAUUGGACCCCUUGUUGCUUUUAGCAGGCCACCUCCAAUCCCUCCUUUUCUUGGACCUCUAGUUGCUCUUUCAUUGCUUCAAUCAUGGUCGAAACGAGAUAGCAACGAUGAUUGAACUAACAAAAUUUUGAAGGUUUUACUGUGCUUGUUAUGAAUGUAUGAAGGCUGUCUUGUCUGCUACCUUUUCUAUAUGUAGAUAAAAGUAAAGCCUUCAAAAUGUUCUGUGUACAUGUUCUACUUGUGGAGCUUAUCUACAAUGAAAAGGAAUAUCGUGUAGAUAAGUGUAACAAUUGUGAC